UCACAAUCGGAACUUCGGGAGUUAACUAGCUACUUGAAAUCAAAAUUAAUUUUAAAUUUAAAAAUGAUAAUCUGUAUAUUUUCUUCAUGUUUAUCUUAUAGGAGAGAUAGAGGAUCGUAUUUCUACCUAUAUUUGUGAUAACAUGCCCGUGGGUCGCUCAAAAAUGGAUGCAAAAAGAGACUCAGAAUCUGUCAACAUUGAAGAAACAUUGUCACGUUGUUCUGAAAGUUUCAACAAUGGUGGAGCAGAUCAGAUUCCCAAAAUAUACGAUAAACUACAUAGUUUUCAUUCCAAGAAAGACAUUACUUCUGAUAGUGAAAUCUUAAUAAAUUCCGGUUUAACUCUCUGCGGAAUAAAUCCACUCUCCAGUGCAGUACGAUCACUUGACAAGGACCAGUCUGCUGGAAAAUCUGUCUCCAAACGAUUCACUGAAGAACUGCAGAAUUCUUCCAAUUCUGGUGAAAUUCCUGUGAAAAGAAAUUGUGACCAGGAAUCGUUAUUACCAAAUUCUGACUGUUCUGAAGAAUAUUCUAAUAACUAUGCUUCUGUGAUAAAAGAUACUGAUAGUUGUGAAACAAACUGCCAGCAGAACAUUUCAAGUAACGAGUAUUCAAGUGAUAUUAACUACGGAACUGAUUCCGUUGUUAAAGAGGAUCAGUCUUCAAAUACUCCAGAUAAUUCCAAUGAGAUGCCUGCUGUUGAAGAUUCUAGUAGUUUAGAUUCUCGAAGGACUCGAAGAAAUAAUAAAAGGAAGAGAGAAAAGGAGGAAUGUUGUCCUGUUUGUGGUAUAACUGUUCGUUUACCAGAACUCCAAUCGCAUUAUAUUCAGGAAGUGGAAAAACUCACCAAAAUACCAAAGAGUUUGAAGAAAUCUCGUCGUGAAGAGAGCAGUAUUAGUAAGACUUUCGUUCAAGUGAAGAGGAACAGAGAGAAUCGUUUAUCAGCAAAAGUAGCUAGAUAUGCAGCAAGAGCGAGAAAAGAUGUGCAUUGUCCUGUUUGUAAUUUGGAGCUAUCAGGCACUCAGGAAGAAGAUACAAAUCAUGUUCUGCUUUGCCUUGAACAAGAUGAAUUUGCUGAAGAAGACAUUAUUAUUGAUGAUGAUGAAAACUUUGAAGAGUAUGACUUUGCAGAUCAAACCAGAAUUCGAGCAAUUAGUUUAAUUCCUGGAGGCUAUAGAUCUCUUCAUGGACAAUCUACUAGAAAUGCCGUAGCAGAUGAAGAUGAAGAUGUUGAUGUAGAUGUCAUUGAUGAUAAUACUGUGACUUACGGAGAACCUCAAUAUACUGAAUUAGACGUCAUUCCUAACUACACGGAAAAUGGAGGGGAUGAAGAACUACAACUACGAAAGGCUGUGCUUCUAAAUUCUAAUGCUCAACCAAAUGUCUUAGAAUCCCGUAAAUGGUCUAGUCAUGAAGAUUGUGAAGCAGAAAAGACAAAAAAGCCUACAGAUGUACCAGAUGAUUCCAGAUCUGUCAGAAACAGUGAUAUUUCUGCUGCAAAAAAUUCACCCUCUGACCAUGUUGUCUCAUCUCUAAAAGAAAAAAUUAAAGACCUAGAAGAUCAAAGUAAAAGUGUAAAAUGCCUUAUCUGCAUGGAAUCAUAUACAAAGCCAGUUGUUUCCACUACAUGUUGGCACGUACACUGUGAAGAAUGUUGGUUGAUGACAAUGAACAAAAAUCUACUCUGAAAAUUCAAAGAUGAAGAGAAAAGUUAUUGAGGAAAAAUUGAUUACAGAUGAAUUGAACAGCAGAUGAAGUAGAGACUGUUGGAAACAUAGAUUUGUUUAUUAAAGCAAAUGAACUUAGAUAAGGUGUUAAAAAGAAGAAAUGUUUUUCACAGUUAAAAAUCUCUGCCUACCAAAUUCUAUAAUUGUUGUAUUAAGAAUCAUCACUAAAUAGUUGACUGAAUCUUUUCUUCCUCACAAACAUUUUUAUAACUUUUUUCAUUGUUGAUAGUGAUAUUUCCUGCAUUUAAACCAUACUACCCAUUAAUUGAUUAAUAAUUGAGGCAUUGCCCUUGCAGUUAAGACUGUAUCUUCUUCAUUUAGUAUAUCUUGAAUAUUCCAUUAAUCAGAAAAAAUUGCUGUUCUUUUCCAUCAAAGCCAUACAAUGUGAGAUAUUUCCUUG